AUGCAGCUCCCGGCGGGCCCGGCCGCCCUGGCCGCCCCCCUGCUCGCCCUCCCGGUGGCCCUUGGGCUCAGCGCCGUCAGCGCCCUGGACAGCCCCCCGGCGCUGGCCCUGGCCGCGGCCCUGCUGCUCCUCGGCCUCGGCGCCCUCCUCAUCCUCACCGGCGGCGUCGGCCUCGUCCACGACCCCCUGUUCUGCGUGCUCGUGGUGUUCUCCUUCAUAUCGGCCGUGGAUCUGCUGAUCGCGCUGGAGGAGGACGGGCUCAUCUCGGGCUUCAUGGAGCUCUACGUGCGGGAGGGCGAUCCCCACCUGCGCACGGCUCACGGGCUCCUCACCUGCUACUGGGACGGCACCGUGCACUACGGGCUGUGCCUGGCCAUGGCCGCGGCCGCGGGGCGCAGGAAGAACUACCGGGGGCUGGGUCUCUUCUGGCUGGGCUCGCUGCUGAUGAGCGCCGUGGUUUUCCUGCUGGGCAACCUGAUCGGGAAAUACAGCCCCGAGCUGAGCCCGUCCUUCCUCCUCAACCUGCCCUACCUCCUCCUCCUCACCUGGGCCGGCCUCCGGCUGUUCCGGCAGCCCCGGGCGCGGCCGAGCCUCAGCCCCGAGCAGAUCGCAGAGGAGCAGCGCAAACCCCUCUACCAGCGACCCCAGGACCUGCUCCUCAUCCUCAUCCUCAUCCUCACCGCAGCCUUCACCUUCUUCAGGGGGAUGGUGGUGCUGGACUGCCCGGCCGAUUCCUGCUUUGACUACACGUACCUGCACGAGCCCUACCUGCGCGACCCCGUGGGUUACCCCAAAGUGCAGAUGCUGAUCUACCUGUUCUACCUGCUGCCCUUCCUCAUCCUCGCCAUCUACGGGCUGGCCGUGCCCGGCUGCUCCUGGCUGCCCGACUGGAGCCUGGUGUUCGCGGGAGCCGUGGCGCAGGCUCAGUUCGCCCACCUGGGCUCCUCGCUGCACUCCCGCACGCCGUUCCCGUACCAGACCCCCGAGGAGGUGCUCUGGAGUUUCCUGCUCUCCAACGCCCUGUACGCGCUGGGCCCGCAGCUCCUGGCGCUGCGCUGCCUGCGCGCCCCGGCCUUCUUCGCGCCCCCGGCCGGCCCGGGCCUGGCCCGCGCCAAAAAGUGCCAGUGA